CAUGUGGGUGCUUGGUAACCCGGCUUCUUCACCCAGACUGCACCCUGGUCCGGGUCCCAGGCCAGGGCCUGGCCGGGAGGAGAUCCUGCGGACAUACAGGGAGCACCGUAGCUGCUGAGCCUCAGUCCUCCUCUCUAGGCAGUGUCCCCAUCCUUGUCCCGCAUCUCCCUCUCCACCUCUUCUGGGGUAGUUUCAGCCGCUGCCUUUCUCCCACCCGCCACCUCGGCCAUGCUGCACGCCGAGGGGCACGCUCUCCUGCGGGCAGUGGGGCAGGGAAAGCUGCGCUUGACUCGGUUGCUCUUAGAGGGAGGUGCUUACGUGAAUGAGGGCGACGCGCAGGGGGAGACUGCACUGAUGGCUGCCUGUCGGGCCCGCUACGACGACCCCGAGAACCGGGCCCGCAUGGUACGCUACCUGCUGGAGCAGGGCGCCGACCCCAACAUAGCGGACCGGCUAGGGCGCACGGCUCUCAUGCACGCCUGCGCCGGAGGUGGGGGAGCUGCAGUAGCCACCCUGCUGCUGGCCCACGGCGCUGACCCGUCGGCCCGCGACCACGCCGGCGCCUCGGCUUUGGUGCACGCGUUGGACCGUGGUGAUCGCGAGACUCUCUCAGCCUUGCUGGAAGCUUGCAAAGCCAAGGGUACCGAAGUCAUCAUCAUCACCACGGACACUUCGCCCUCGGGCACCAAGAAGACCCGGCAGUAUCUCAAUUCUCCUCCCUCCCCGGGGGUCGAAGACCCGCCCACCCCGGUCCCCACCCCGGGGGUUUGCAUGUCGCCUUCCGAAAUCCAACUGCAGACUGCAGCGGGAGGAACAGAAGUGCUGUCUCCCCGGGCCCAGGAGGAGGAGGAGAAGCGAGACGUGUUCGAAUUCCCCCUCCCUAAGCCCCCAGACGACCCUGCUUCUUCCGAGCCCCUCCCCAAACCACCCCGCCACCCGCCACCCAAACCUCUUAAGAGGCUCAACUCCGAGCCUUGGGGGCUAGUCGCCCCUCCUCAACCGCUCCUGCCAGGGGAGGGGCGACCCGCGACUGAGCGAUUGAUUGCCGACUUUAAUGGCCUGGCGCUGACUAGUCGACCCCGGCUCUCCAGGCGCCACAGCACGGAGGGGCCUGAGGAACCACCCCCGUGGGCUGAAAAAGUGACAGGGGCAGGGGCCCUUUCCCGGCGCAAUACCGCGCCGGAGGCCCAAGAAUCGGCUGCCCUGCCGGGGCUGAAGCAGAAGCUGAGCCGCAUGGAGCCGGUGGAGCUAGACGGCCCCAGCCACCUAGGCACGGACUCUGCGGACUCCAGUCGCUUGUCUCUGGAGCGCCGCCGCUACAACGCUUCCCCCUUGACCCUCCCUCCGGCCGGUUCCGUUCCUUCACCCGGGCAAUCCCAAGAGAGCCUUCCGGGGGCCGUGUCUCCUCUGAGUGGGCGGAGACGGAGUCCCGGGCUGCUGGAACGGAGGGGCUCCGGAACGUUGCUUCUGGACCACAUCUCCCACACCCGGCCUGGCUUCCUGCCUCCACUCAACGUUAGCCCCCACCCUCCCAUCCCAGACAUUCGCCCUCUGCCAGGGUGUCGGGCCCCAUCCCUCCCCGCCCCCCAUCAUUCCGGGGGCCUUGGGUCUCCCAGGGCCAAGCGGAAAUUAGUGAGACGUCAUUCCAUGCAGACAGAGCAGAUUAGACAGCUAGGGGGCUUCCAGAGUCUAGGGGGACCAGGAGAACAAGGGCGUUGAGGGGGUGGAAGAGCUCGGAAUAGUGUGGACCAGGCUAUGGCAGGGCAGGUGAGGCCACCAGCUCACUUUUACCAUACACACACUAGAGGCUGCUUGUAUUUUGCUCCUAGGCACUGCACGGUGCACUCUUGGCAGAGAUGCACAUGUUCACGGGCACAGAGCACUUUAACUGAAAGGUCACCAGGCUUCUCACAUGUACUGAGCAGUCACACAUAUAGAAGGGUCAUUUGUGUGGCUGAUGCAACUGUGCAAUUGCACGUGGGAUCAGCGUGAGCUCACAGGCACUAUGCACUUGCAUGCAUCAUGAGGUCAAAGGUGCUCAUCAGCACAUGGGCCCCCAAACAUAUUUGCACUUGUUCAUGGGCAGUGAUAUUACCUGCUAAUGACCAGUGCCUAACACCCUUCUUCUCCCUCCCCUCUCAAAUUUCCAUCUUCUUGUGCUUGCAAUUAUUUAUUUCUAUUAGGUACAGUGGCACAUGCCCUAUAAUGCAUUCUUUACACACCCAAUCCCGGUGGAAAUGUCUUUGACUCUUUUGGGAUCCCCCUUAACCCACCCACUAGACUGGGUUCUCCUGAUCCUCUGCUCUCCCUCCCCGACUUCUCUAAGCCACAGAACUCGGGAAAAUGUUGCUUUCCAGCCCCUGAGUUCCCCUUCUGGGAGGGAACCUCUUGCUGCACCAGUUCUGCUGCUCCCCUCAUUGAUCCCUCAACUUUUCCCUCCCUGUCUCCAACAGUCCAGAUACUUCCUAACCCCAGAUCAACUGAUUAUAUCAAGUUGUCUUGUCUUCCCAGGAGAAGUGGGGCAUGCAGUCCAAACUGCUCUUUUAUGUGAGCUGCUAUCCUCCCCAAGGCAGGAGGGUAGUAAUCUUAAUUCCCCUCUUGACAUAUCAAAAUAAAGGUGUUCAGAAGUUUCAACCACGUCUCUCCAACUCACUUGGGAGGAGGGGAUGGGAUGGGCAAUACUGAACCUAAUCAUGACCAUAACUUGUAGGAUCAGUGAAAGCCCAAGAAGGGUAGUAGAGGGCAAGCUAACAACUUUCAUCUCUUCUUGAAAUCUCAAUUUUUUUCCUUUCACUUUCCUUUGGAUCCUUAGGAUCUAACUAUCUCAGGUUCACUGAAAGAUAAGGAAAGAACAUGUUGAUUUAGUGGCUAAGGUUAACAAAGUGCUUUUUGUAGCAAAACAGCAUCAUGAGAAACGUAGUGCAACGUUAUACCCAUUUUACAGAUGAGGAAACUGAGUUGGAGAGCUAAAGGAACUUCCUAGGAUUAUAUUAGUAAAUAAACAGAAAAUUAAUGAUUCGC